UUGUGUUUCCUUUAGCCAGAGGUACCUAGAUCCAUCAUCCAAGGUCAACGCUCUAGUUGUUUCUAUCAGAAUCAGAUCUUGCAUCAUCAUGUUGAGAACACUUGCAAGGGAGUUGAACUUGAAGGUCAUCAACAUGAGAAAUGGUAGUCUGGUUAAAAAAAGCAGCAGAUUCUAUGCAAGUUCAGUAGUUGGUGGAAGAAGCAGGUUGGAAGGAAAAGUGGCAAUCAUAACAGGAUCGGCAAGUGGGCUUGGAAAGGCCACGGCCCAUGAAUUUAUCCAAAAUGGAGCCCAAGUAAUAAUUGCUGACAACGACACUCAACUUGGGCCACAAGUUGCAAAAGAAUUAGGCCCAUCAGCACAAUAUAUGGAGUGUGAUGUCACUAUUGAGGCCCAAAUAGAAGAAGUAGUGAAUGUUGCCAUAGCAAAGUAUGGUAAACUAGACAUCAUGUACAACAAUGCUGGCAUAACAGGCCCAAUAUUCCCACCAAGCGUAACAGAAUUGGACCUUGAUGAAUUUGAGAAAGUCAUGAGAAUCAAUGUUACUGGAGUCAUUGCUGGUAUAAAACAUGCAGCGCGGGCGAUGAUACCAAAGAGCUAUGGAUCAAUUAUAUGCACAUCAAGCAUAAGUGGGAUACUUGGUGGGCUUGGGCCUCAUCCAUACACAAUAUCAAAGUCUACAAUACCUGGGAUUGUGAAAUCUGUGGCUAGUGAACUAUGUGGAGCUGGGAUUAGAAUAAAUUGUAUAUCACCAGCUGCAAUUCCUACACCAAUGUCAAUAAGUCAAAUUGGAAAAUUUCUUACCGGUUUAACCCAAGAACAAAUAGGAGAAAUUGUCAAUGGGCUUGGUGUUCUCAAGGGUGCCAAAUGUGAGACCAUUGAUGUUGCUAGGGCUGCAUUGUACUUGGCAUCCGAUGAUUCUAAGUUUAUCUCUGGUCACAAUCUCGUAGUUGAUGGAGGGUUCACUAGCUUUAAAAAUUUUGUUUUUCCUUCUCCCGAUCAAAAUGCGUAACACUCGUUUUAAAUUGAAAUUGUAGAAAAUUAUAAAUAAAAUGUGAUUGUAGUAGUGGUCAUAGCAAUAUGAUAA